AUGUCUACUACGAAAGAACGUCUCGUUCUUCUGAUUCCUUCGACCAUUGUCGAGACUCUCCUCAUCAUGGCCAUUGGUAUAACAAUGGAGCGACCAGCUACUAUUUUUGCUUACGCGCUAUCUGUCAAUUUUGUCUUGAUGUUUAUAUGGAAUGUCUUUAUAUGGCCAUUUUUCCUGAACCCAUUGAGGCACUUGCCAACGGGUCCUCUGAUAGGUGCGAAGGUGUUUAUGCGUCAUCCUCGUGGCAAGAUUGCCGUCGAUUGGCUACGAACUAUACCAAACGAAGGCCUCAUUCACUUCCGCGAGGUCUUGAACAUGAGCUUUCUGGUCGCUACCAACCACCGAGCGUUGAUGGAUGUCUUACAUACAAACAGUUAUGACUUUGUGAAGCCUCCAGGUGGACGGGCUUUCCUUGCCCGUGGCUUAGGAUAUGGGCUCAUCCUUUCUGAAGGCGAUGUCCAUCGCGCGCAGCGCAAGGCCGUCACUCCUGCUUUCACAAUCAAGAAUAUCCGCAGCCUGUAUCCCUUGAUGUGGAGCAAGACACAACUGUUUCUUUCUCAGUUGGAGAACGCAAUCAGACUUGACCCUGCGCCCGGCGAAAAGUCUGGACAGGCCGGGUUUGUUGAAAUAGGUGGAUGGGCAAAUCGCUUGACCUUGGAUAUAAUUGGCCCCGCGGCCAUUGGGCGUGACUUUCAGUCACUUGAAAACGAAAAUGACCCCAUAUCGCAAAACUUUACAGCGAUUCUGAAGCCAUCCGCUGAUUUACUGUUCUUAUUUGCGGUCUCGCUCAUACUGCCCCAGUGGAUUGUCAAAAGCAUCCCCUGUAAAGCAAAUAUUGUACUUCCGCGCAAGGUAGGCUAUCUACGAACAGUAUUUCACGACAUUCUCCAAGAAAAGCGAAAACAGCUUGCGUUGGAGAAAAGCCAAGACAAGAAUAUCGAGGGUGACAUUUUGGGUACAAUGAUGCGAGGUGGAGAGUUCACUGAUAACGAGCUGGUGGAUCAAAUGCUCACAAUUCUGGCAGCUGGGCAUGAGACAACAGCUGGUGCUCUCACUUGGUGCUGUUACCACCUCAGCAUCGAGCCGCACAUCCAAGAUAAUCUCCGACAGGAAAUCCGCGAUACGAUUCCUUCCCCGGACGCUUCUGUCUCAUGGCAGGAUCUAGAAGGAAUGCCUUAUCUUAAUGGCACCAUAAUCGCGGGCAAAAAAAUACCCAAGGGCACGACUGUGGCUUUAUGCCCACAGGCCGUCAAUCGCAGCUACGAAUUCUGGGGCGAGAAUGCAGACCAGUUCCUCCCGGAGCGAUGGAUCGACACGGAUUCCGAGACAGGAAAAAAGUCUCCGAACAAGCACGGUGGUGCAUCGACAAAUUUCGCUCAGAUUACGUUUCUCCAUGGGCCACGCGCGUGCAUCGGCAAGGAUUUUGCAAAGGCAGAAUUUCGAUGUGCGGUUGCGGGUCUUUUUGGAAAGUUUCAACUCCAAUUGAAAGAGCCCGAGCAGGAGAUUACAUAUGGGGGAACUCUGACGAGUCAGCCUAUUGAGGGUAUGCAUUUGAAAUUGACCAAAUUGGAAGGUUGGGAGUAG